UGAAGAGGUAGGAGAGGAUGGCCGUGUGUGAUGAUGGUGUACGAUGUAACUCUGAAUCUAACAUGCGAGCAAUGCAACAACAUUUGGAUAUGUGUUUGUGUGUUGCGCCAUUUAGUGAUGUGAAGCGUUGAAUAUCGUAUGUGAAUGUGUCUCAAGUUGGAUUAACACCUGGAGGUUGUCGUCCGAGGACAAGUUACUAUGGGGAUCGGUGCCAGUGCCCCGCGAAAGGAACCGCCCCGAUACGAUAUGCAGAAGCAUCAUGCCAUACAGAAUACCAGAUUGCCAAUGCCCGAACAACCAGAAUUAGAAAGACGCUUUACGAAAGUGUUGAAUUCAAUGGACCUGCCACCAGACAAGGCAAAAUUGUUGAAGCAGUAUGAUGACGAAAAGAAAUGGGACAUCAUUUGUGAUCAGGAAAAGGUGAUCGCAAAAGAACCCCCCUCCUUUUAUUUACGUAAACUAAAGACUUAUCUUGACCCCAAAGCCUCAAGGAGUGCCAAGGUAAAUAAUCAAAUGGUGUAUGAUGCCGUUUCGACAUUAUUCUUGCCAAUACAGAGAAGACGAAUGCUGGGUGAUUCUAAGUCAACUCAAGUUCUAAGGGACUUGGAAAUAUCUCUGAGAACAAACAAUAUCGAGUGGGUUAGGGAGUUCCUAGAUGAUGAGAACAAAGGUCUCGAAGUUUUAAUUGACUACUUGUAUUUUCAGCUGGGCUUUUUAAGGUAUGAGAAAGAGAAUCCGGCUGAGAACGGCUACUCGAGUCCCAGUAGUGUCCGAAAGAGUGUCCUAGACAGGGAAACGCCCACGCUCAAGCGAGCUUGCAAGCAUGCGGCCAAGCUGCACAUGGGCGAGGCCGAAGAUGAUAUUCAUGUCUGCAUCAUGUGCCUUAGAGCGAUCAUGAAUAAUAAGUUUGGUUUUAACAUGGUCAUCGAACAUACACAAGCUAUAAACUGCAUUGCACUAAGUUUAAACCACAAGAGCUUAAGGACAAAGGCUCUGGUCCUGGAGCUCUUGGCCGCCAUUUGUCUCGUGAAAGGUGGCCAUCAAAUCAUCUUGAGCGCCUUCGAUAACUUCAAGACUGUCUGUGCAGAGCCCAGACGGUUCAACACACUUAUGGACUAUUUUAGAGACUAUGAAAUCUUCAACAUUGACUUCAUGGUGGCAUGUAUGCAGUUUAUCAAUAUCGUUGUUCACUCCGUGGACGACAUGAACUUCCGCGUUCACCUCCAGUAUGAAUUCACCCAACUGGGACUGGACGACUACCUGGAACGGUUGCGUUCCACGGAGAGCGAGGAACUCAAGGUUCAGAUAUCUGCCUACCUUGACAAUGUGUUUGACGUUCAAGCCCUGAUGGAAGACUCUGAGACAAAAAGUGCCGCACUUGAGCGUGUUGGAGAACUCGAGGAGCAAAUAUCGAGGUCUCACGAGAUUGAAAAUGAAACAAUGGCCAAAUUGGUCGAACUGGAAACACAACUUGAAACAUUGUUGAAAGAGAACAAUGAGCUAAAGGAGUAUCAAAAGGAGGCGGAUGAAGAGUUGAAUAUCCUGCGUAGAGCAGUUUCCCAAAAAGAGGAAGAGUCACGUCAGAGACAGAGCUUUCUGGAGGGAAAAAUUCAGGAACUGGAGAGUCUAACUGGAACAUUACCAAAAGGGAGUACAUUGGCAGGUGGAAUCCCUUCAGGUACCGCAGCAACAGCUCCACCUUCUCCCCCAGCACUGUGUACAGUUGCACCACCUCCUCCACCACCUCCACCACCUCCUCCUCCUCCACCUCCUUGUGGUGGAAUUGCGGUGCCUCCUCCCGUGGUUCCAGGUCUAGGAAAAACUGCACCAGCUGCACCACCACCACCACCACCUCCAGGAAGCAUGCAAGCACCACCUGAUGCAAUGACAAUCAAACGCAAGUUCCAGACCAAGUACAAACUUCCCACACUCAACUGGAUUGCCCUGAAACCCAAUCAAGUCCGGGGGACUGUCUUUAGUGAACUUGACGAGGACAAACUGUACAGUGUUAUUGAUUUCUCUCUUUUCGAGGAGCAGUUCAAACUGGGCAUGCAAGGGAACUUUCCUGAUAGGUCAGAUGAUAUGAAUAGCAGCAAACGCUUUAAGGUUCCUGAAAAGGUGACAGUGCUGGAGCACAAUCGUCUAAGGAAUAUGGCAAUAUCACGGCGCAAGAUUGAGCUUUCAACGGACAUUGUAGUGAAGGCAGUGAAUGCUCUGGACCUGAAGACAAUCUCUCAAGACUGCGUCGAUAUACUCUUGAGGAUGCUUCCAAACGAUGCAGAGACAAAAGCGUACCGCGAAUACGAACGGGAGAAGAAAUCUAUAGACGCCUUAACGGAUGAGGACAAGUUCUUGCUGCAGCUUACAAAAAUCGAGAGAUUACCUCAGAAGCUGAACAUUAUGAGCUACAUCGCUUCUUUUGCCGAGAACAUUCAGGUCAUCACGCCCCAAGUUCACGCAAUCACUGCAGCGUCUCGAGCAAUCAAGAACUCGAGGAGGUUCCGGAAGUUGUUAGAGGUUAUUCUUGCUUUUGGGAACUACAUGAACAGCGCAAAAAGAGGGCCAGCCUAUGGUUUCAAGCUGCAGAGCCUCGAUAUGCUCGUGGAUACAAAAACCGCCGAUCGGAAGAUUUCCUUGUUGCAUUACAUCGUUGAGACGGUAACUGCAAAGUUUCCGGACCUGGUGACCUUCGAUCAAGAACUGCGAUUUGUUGAAAGGGCAUGCAUGGUCACACUGGAAAACAUCCUCACAGACAGUCAUGAGCUAGAAAAGGGAAUGGACCUCUGCAAACGAGAACUGUCCUUGCGGAAAGACUCUAAGGAUGCGGCUGUGCUCCAGGACUUUCUCAGCCAGUCAGAGGACAAGCUCAAGAGGCUACUACAAGACAUAAAGACAGCGCAGGAAGUCUACGCUGAUUGUGUGGAGUACUUUGGGGAAAGUGCAAGAAGCGUUGCUACCAACACCUUUUUCUCUAUGUUUGUUCGUUUCAUAAAAGCUUUCAAGCAAGCGGAGCAAGAUAAUGAAAAUAGAAAGAAGAUGGAAGUAGCAGCAAGAGAGGCACAAAAGAAGCCCCAAGAAUCGACUCAAAAAAGGAAUAUCCUCAAUGCCAAGAAAAACAAUCAGGAUGCUGUGAUAAAUGAGCUGAAAAACAAAACCCGCAUGGUGAACGAAAAGCGUCUGCUCAAACAAGACGAAGUUUACAAUGGAGCACUUGAGGACAUUCUUCUAGGGCUGAAAAAUGAGCCAUACCGGCGAGCAGACGCUGUACGGAGAAGCCAACGUCGCAAGCAGGAGACUGUGAGGCUGUCUCGCACCAUGGAUGAAACAGACUUCUGAAAACAGUGCCUUUUCAGAUUUUGUACAGGUUUUUGUGACUUUUCAUAUUGUAUAUACUCGUUGAAGUCAUCUGCAGUGCAUUGGAGCUACUUACAUGUACGCUUCUCUUUAUUAGAGAGGAAACUUGUUCCCAGUUGAGCAGAUGAAUGAAUGUUGAUAGCUCACGAUUGUGAUGCUUUUACUUUAUAGAGGUACCCUCUGUGUGUAUAUAAAAGAAAGCUCGCCAUUGUCUUGUGAAUCUUACCUCUGUUUGUUUGGUCAUCCCCCGCAAUUAGUUUCUCAUAUAAAAGUGGAACGAGACUGAGAAUGUGCCUACUUUGCAAGCUCUAUACAAUUCUCUACGUUCCCAGUCACUGGGAUAUUCUCUCUGCAGAAUGGUUGCCUUUUAUAGCUGCUGACAUCCGAUGUAUGUUGGUCAGUUGUUUAAAAUUUGCUGGGACUAUUUUUCUGAGUGCGUCGACAAAAACAUUUUUGCUGCAGAGAAAAUUAAUAUGCAGCCUGCGAGCAAAACCGUGAAACUGGAUGUUACUGAGAUGACGUAAAAUAUUGGCCAUUGGUGAGGCUUUUAGGUUAAUCCCAAUUGUUGAUUAAGCCUCCGCAGUUCACGUUUUGAAUUUUUCCAACGAGAGCAGUUGAGAAUGGAUGGCACCAUGCUAGCUAAGAAGCCCGGCAGAAUCCGCACUAAGCGAGUCUUUCAACCAAUCACUGUUGGCCAUUUGAAACACAAAGCUUGUGAGGCACAAUCUGUAAAAUAUCCAUUCUGGUAAAAUUUCGCUAACAUUUCAACGUGUCGACAGUGACGCUCGAAAAUUAUAUACGCUAUUUGGACAUGUUUCUAUAAAAGUUACUCGAUUGUAGGCUGCGCAUUGAUCUUCCUGUAUUUGCAAUGUUUUACUCGUACUGUAGACAGACUUGCCACAUAAUAUGUCAUAGUCACUUGUACAGAAUGUCAGUUUCGAGAGGAUAGGGCAGCAUAUCUGGAUAUCGACAAAAAAAAGUCUGAAUACUUUUUUUUAUAAUUCACCGGUGAGUUCUCCCCAAAACUUGUCUACAGUCAGAGAACCCUAAUAGCAAAUUUGGGUUGUCAUUUCGUGGCAACUCGGCCUAGCGCUUGGAAAUUCCUCGUCUGGCACCCGCACUUGAUCACGUGACCGUUGCCACCUGAACAUGAGCGCCAGGAAUCUAGAGGUUUUAGUCGCUUGGAUCACGCUAGGAGUACCUUCAGGUUUUGUCAUCUGCUAACCCACGUCAACUUGACAUGAGGGCCAUUGUCGGCCCUCGCAGUGUGGAUGUGAUGAUGCCGGAUAGUUGGGCAACCUGCUGCCCGGUUGUAUCGAGGCCGGUUGAAAAAAGUGCUAGUUGGUAAAGUUCUGGCACUCAGGAAAGUGUACGAGAAAUUGCUGCGCUUUGACCAAACGAAUGUGACUGCUCGGGCAAAAACAGUUUCCACGAAAUGACCACCCAAAUUCUCCAUAAGAAUAGGUUUUAGAAUUGCUUGGGCAUUUUAGAUAACCACUAUAUAUAAAUAUCUGCAGCUUUUGUGCAGUGCCAUCAAUACUGCGUACAUGAUGACAUUGACUUAAUCUUUGUUACUGUGUGUGUGAGCAAGAGGCACAGCCUACGGGGUAAUUCACCCUCGCCACAUGCAUUCUGUUUCUAAUACUAAAAGUACGUGGUGUGUGAAUCCGAAUAUUUUAAGUCGAAUCGAAUAUCGAAUCGAAUGGGGGAAAAAAUUCUGAAUACCGAAUCGAUUAUCGAAUAUUCGUGCAAAAUUUACAAUUUGUGACUUUUGCACUAAGAGUUUCCAUUUGUUUCCAUUUUGUGGCCCAUGGCUUUAGUGUAAUUUUUCUGGCAUUAAUUGUCACAAGAGAGACAUCCGAUUCUUCCGUUUAAAGCCCCUACUCUUUAAUUUUACGUGAGAGUGCUUCCUGCUUUUCAGGUGAGCCUACACUUACUGGGGGUACUGGAGUGGUUACCUUCAUUUCAAAAUUUUAUGUCAGUCAGUAGCAUGUUAUACGGAUGAUGUUCUAAUUGUUUCAGACAACCACAGGCCAUUUGUGAAACAAACGAAUUGGCAUCCUGCCUCAGCUUUGCCUUGAACACCCUUUAGUUUCUUUGCUCUCACCCGAGGAAGUUGCGCUGCUGAAAUUUUAGACAUAAAGGAAAUCUUUAAAACACCUUUGUUUCUCACAAACAUGAAAUUAAAGUCCCUAGUCGGCACCGCUAAACUGUAUGUGGGAGGGGCAGACGCUGUCUACAACACUAAGUUUGGAUAGCGUUAUCUUAAACUAUACACCGUCCGGACUGUGUUGGUUCUGCAGCAAUUUCGUAAAGCAGGCUUCACCUCAUGCACCAUCAGAUAAAGCCCACUUUCGUGUUGUGUCAUUCAUAUUCGAAUAGUUUGAGCAUUUGAUAUUCGAUUCGAAUUCGAGAACUCGAAUAUUCGCACACCCCUACUAAAAGUACAUGGUCCAAACACUGCACCUAAUACAAACUAAAAGUGAACAUAUCCCACACAUACAGUGCCUACUAAUACUUGGAUAAGCCACCAAAUGGCUCGCUUUUCUGUGCAUCAUAACAAAGUAAAGAGGCAGUAUUAGUGUGCAAAUUUUAUGUCAGGUGGGAUGCUGUCCAUUAUUAUUUCAGUGGACGUUUUAAGUGCAAUCUUUCACUUGUAAACACCUUGAUGCUAUCAUCCUGUGGAAUGAGGUGAGGAACUAGAGGGGGGUCAGGAUGUCCUGACCCCCUCCUCAAUUUUUGUCUUCACAUAGUGUUCAAUUGAAGUGGAUCGCCUAUCUACCAGCUGGCCAAGGGUAGACCCCACUCUCCAAAAAAUCCGCCCCUUUGUGAAAGUGUACCUCAAAAUUGACUACACCUAUUUUUAUGAAGGUAUUCAUCAAGUUGAGAUUUUAUGUAGUUACAGGUACACAAUCAUUCAUACUUGCAAGUGAUAUCAGACACAUCAGGUUAAGAAUGCCUAAUGGAUGUUGAUAGAAUGUCAACAGGGUAUCAAGCAAAGUGCAAUCUUUUAAAAAGCAACGCGGCUUAUAGUCUAGCGUAAUUUUUUGCGCAUCUCUAAUUAUAACUGAUUGAUCAAGCUGUUGUUCUACAUAACCACGUGGUCCUCGCAUUGAAAUGGAGGAAAACACAAGUGGAGUGUGUCCCAAAGUAAACAGCUGUUUCUGUCUUCCACUUUGUCAAAUGAAAAGAAAGUGUUGAAAUAUGCUGACAAAUUUCUAAGGUACAGCUGUUUCUGCAGAAAACACCAUUGAAAAACUGACAGCAAAUUCCUUUUCUACUACAAUUAAAGCAGAAAAACAACUGGUUGCUUUUGGACGUAUAAGAGGCCAGUUAUCAAAAUGCUUUGUUCAAAAGUGAAAUGUUAAUGCCUGUGCAUGUUGGAAAGCUUGUUGCAUGUUUUAUGAGGCCUGUAGAUGAAUUUUCUUCAUUCAUUGCUUCGUCCUUGUAUCGAUAAUGUAUUUUAUUUAUGCUUUGUGAUAUAUAAAGCCUCGUAAUAUAAUUUGAACAUUUUUUACGCAUUUAACAGAAUGCCAAGUGGGACCAAUCAAUGAGUGGUUUUAUAUCAACCUUGUGACAGUGGUUGUGCAUUUUAGAUUGAACAGGAUUCUGUGGCCCAAUUUUAUUUGUGUCCUCGCAUCUAAAUCUGACCGAGCGAAACCGGAUUAAAUUACUCGAAAUUACUUACCUAAUUACUUAAAUUACGUGAAAGCGAAGGAUUUCUAAUAUCGAGCCAUUAUACCAGCUUUGGGUUGAUGUCGAAAAAAGCCGACAUUAGGCCAAUAUAGAAUCUGAAGCAGCUACUACUAAGCCAAUGUGAGCAAGAUGCCCUUAUAAAAUUUCAUCACAAUUUUCUUGUGCCUCGAGUAAGAACUGUGCAGACGUUGUGCCCAUAAAUAAUUUUGCUGAUAAUCUUGUCUGUUGGUGACGAUUUUCGAAGCACCCCAAUGUUUUUGUAUAUUUCUACGAUUGUAAGAUGAACUCUGAAGUAAACGUUCCAUUCUAAGAUCCUGUU